GGUCAAACGCGCUUUGCAUCAUCAUCGCUGCUACCGUUGCCUGUCGUUGCUGCUAUUGUUGAUGCUGUUGUGUUUCUGAUUAGUGCUGCGUUUUUGCGCGCCAUUGAUGUCACGACGGGUCUUUGAAAACAUUGUUCAUUGCUAUUAAUUUCUUCUCCAUCCCAUCUAUUGCCCAAUAAUGGCGUCGCGCGACACCGCGGGGGCAAGCGUUCGCCCUCGCUCUCGACGUUCAAUCGCCUACGUACCGAAGAGGAAUGCAGCGCUGGAUAAGGAGAACGCUACGGCAGAUAUUGACGCAAUGAAAGAUGCGACUGCUGCUGGUCGGACAGUGACGCGAGACAAGAAAUCGCGUAGCAAAAGUUUAGGACCUGGGGGAUUAGAUGCGCUUCAAAUAUCAAAUGGCAAUCGACGAAAGUCAUCGAUGGCGAUUCCUCUGAAAUCUAUUCUCAAGCCAACUGUUCCACUUUCGCCCCCCCGCCAAAUACCAGCAUUCGAUGGUGCACGGAAACGAAAUGCCAGCCGAAGCCCGUCACCAAGGAAGUCGCGAAAUACACCGAAAUCGCCUCAGGCAGAAGAGGGUCUCCUCAUUGAUUUUUCCACGCCUGCAAAGGCCCCCGUGACUGGCACAGAGCAAUUGGACAAUCCUUUUGACGGCUUCAAUGCCGGCUCGGCCAUCCGUGAUGCCAAAGAACGCGAGGAGAAAGAGCGGAGGGAGCGUGAAAGAAAGGCAAUUCUUGAACAGAGAGAGGCCCGGCGGAAGUCUAUGGGUAACCGCAGAGUUUCAUUUGCUCCCGAAGCUACCCUUCACACGUGGAACGUUGUUGAACUGGGAGAAGAUUCGACGGCUUCAUCUUCAUCAAACUCAACUAGGCGCGCAUCUUCAUUGGCGAACUCCACCAGUCAAGCCCCUGCCGACACUCCUGAACUCCCAGCGGACGAGGAAUUCGACGAAGACCCGGACGUUUCAUUCUCACCAAUUCAACAUGGUUUGCAAGAACAGCCAAGGGAGUUCUCAUCAAGUCCAUUUAGUGGCAGUUCUAUGGGUGGUAGCGACGGGACACGAAGUCCGAUCAAAGAUGUUGAUGAUGCUGAAUCGGACAGCGAUAAUGAUUUCGACGGGGAAAGCACAGCGAUGAGCCUUGAUGAUGUGACUGCCCGUACGAGUGGCUCAAAUCAAACGGAUGAUUCUAACACAAGCUCGAGUGCUCGUUUGAACGAGGCAUUGCGACAAGCCGCUCGGGAAGCUGGCACCAGAGACAUCGACUUUCACGAGCCUGGCGAUACAUUAGCUGGCAAUCAGGAAAUUGCGGGUGCAUUCAAGCCCUGGAUUCAAAAGGGCCAAAGGAUUAGCUUUGAUGUGGAAGACAUGAGCGCUUUACAAGAUCAAGAAAAUAUAAAUCCACUCCAGGAUGCAAAUACGAAAUCAAGUGACGACGAUGACGGUGCAGAUGAUGUUGAUAACGAAAAUGAAGAUCUCAGUAUGGAAAUUACAGGCGCUGUAGGACGAAUACUUGGAGGAGCCGCUAAUGGCCAGAAUCUGAAUCGUCGAAAGUCAAUAGCGGAGCAGAGCAAUUAUGACGAACAGACUAUGGACCUGACUAAUGUUGUUGGCGGAAUUGAAGCAACGAAGUCGCCGGCCAAGUCAGAUGCUGACAGUAAUAUGAACGAGGACGAGGAGAUGACCAUGGAAUUAACAAAUGUGGUUGGUGGGGUACUUAGCAAGAAACCAUCUAGCACUGAACAGCUUAAUCAGGAUCUGCUAAGCGUGACGCCUCAGCAUGAAGAACUAACUGGUCGUGACUUUUCGGAAUGGGGUGAUGGUGACGAAGAGGAUGAAGAUGACGCCGCAAUGGAUUUCACUGGAGCAGUUGGCCGCAUCCUUUCCCCCAUUGAGGAGAGUACUGAAUCACAAGAUGGACAUACUGAGGGAAUGGACUUUACUACAGCUAUGGGCCGGAUUCUGCCUCCUGGGUUGGAAACCAACACUAAAGAGCAGGCGAAGCAACUUAUGGAACUGGAGACGGAUUCAGGUCAAUUGGCUAGCUCACCAUUUCAAGACAAUGUACCACUAUCUCCUCCUAAAGCUCUCAACCCACAGGAUGUCGCUGCCGUUGUUUCAGAGAUAGAAAGUCCUACUCUUGCCAGAGUUCGCGUACAACGGACGAGAAGAGAGUCUGCGUCGUCUGCCACGCGCCUUUCUCCUCCACGACAAACCACACCCACUAAACCUCGAACACCUUCAAAACAACUCACUCCACAACCUCCUCGACCGACUACUCCUGAAAAAACCCCUCCUUCCAGCAACAUCACUUUCCGUAGUGCUUCGCCAAAGAAACUCUUUCGCGAAGAGAUUCGAGCCUCGGCGAAUAAAUCUCAGUCGCCAGGGCGCAGGAGUCUUUUUGAGAACAGUGCAGGUGGCGAGUCGGCUCCAGCAUUUAUUCUGCGUCCCCAUCCACGAUAUUCAUCCGGUCUUGGUAUUGAUAAAGAAGGCCUGGGAUCGCCAAAGGUUGCUGCCAUACUUGAUCGUCGACGCUCUAUAGGUGAAGAUGCCGAGGAUUUCGUACCUCAGGAUCAAUCACCCAAACGACUUCGGUUUGAGGAUCCUGUUAAAAUACACGAGGAGGUCGAUCGCGAGCGAGAGGAAGAGGAACAUAGGGAGGAAGGACACAAUCUAUCCCUUCAAGCUAGUGACCUUGAUCCGACAUUAAGUCUGAGAGAUCUCAUCUCCAGCCUGACGCCUAAGAAGCGCAAGGUUGGCAACCGCAAGAGUCUCCAUGUUGGUGCUGCUAAGGGCCUUCUUGGUAAACGCCCUCUUGAACUUGAUGAGGACGAGGAGGAAGAAACUCCCAAGAGAAUUCGUGCCAUUUCUGCAAGCCCUGUCAAGCCGGUUAAGCUCCCUGCUCCUCCAUCGAAAGACGAAACAGUGCGCCGCUCAAAACGUAGCUCUGGGAAACUCUUUGACCUUUCACCAGAGAAGCAUGGCAGUUUUACACCUAGAGGCCAGCCUCCAGUAGUUUUCAAAAGUCCGAUCAAAUUGAAGAGUCCUAUUAAGAACGUUCAAUUCAACACCGAGCCCACCGAAGAGGAACAAGAAAAUGGCGAAGAGGGUGAUGAGGAGGCGGAGGGCGAUUUGGAUUGGGAACCGCUUCAGUUACAGGAUUUCUUGAACUUGACCAACAUCCACUUUAUGGAGCUAACCACGACCAAAAGACGACAUACCACUGUUCCAGGUAACGACAGCACACUGAAUCGUUCAGGGAGCUUUCAUCGAGGAAAGAAAGAAUUCAGCUUCGAGGACUGUGUCGCAGCUGGCUUCUGCACAGUUCCGAUGCUUGAGUUGUAUCAACACUCUUGUCGUGAGUUGAAGUCGUAUAUUUCUGAAGGGCGCCAAAUUAUACGCUCAAUCGAAACUGAGACGUUUGCUGAUAAUCCACCGCUGUUCCGUGAAUAUGUGACUGCACCACCCGACAUUCGCGUCGUUAUGGAUAAUCAAUUCCGUAACAUCAAGACACAUGCUAGACUUUUGAGUAAAGCUAUGUGGUAUGAAUGGCGGAUGAAACUCUUGGAAGGUCUCAAGGAAGGGCUGGAUCGUCACGUGGAAGAGAUGAAAGAUGAUGACAACGCUCUUGCCCAACAAGAAAACGUCCUCAACAGUGUAGUCCCCGACCUCGUUAGCAAACACACCUCUCUCGACUCAGAAGCGUCGAAAUUGCGGGAACUUAUCAACGAGAUGGAGAAUUGUGAUCCUGAUGAGUUGCGCACAGCAAGAGAGAGACUUGCUAAAGUGGAUGCUGAGAUUACGACCAAAAAACAACAGCUCCAGGCAAUGCAAGAGGACUUACAGGAUAAGGUUGACACCAUCGAGGCUGGGACAGAGCUCAAGUCGGAGUUUUUGGAGCAGAUUCGAGAAGCAGAGAGAGUUAGAGAAGAGUGUCGUGGAUGGAGCGUGAAGGAAGUGAGCGCUCUCAAGGACUCUGUCGAUCUGCUGCAAUCGCAGACGGGAUGGUCUGUAGUAUUGGCUGCCGAUGCACCUGAGCUAGCUGGUCCCGUUUUGACUCUGAGCUACAAGGAAGAACUUCAAGUCAAACUACACCCAAAAUUAUUUACAGUGCCUGACACAGCAAUGCAAGUGGAUAGCCUUCAGGCCGUUGAGCUUUCCUAUGUUCCACAAAGACCUGGGUCUCCUAAAUUUGUGGCGCCUACUAUUACUCCUACCAAGGCGCUUAUUCUGUCUUGCCUACAGAAGAGGAUCGCCUCCAUACCCCCGUCUUCCAUCUCUCUCAAACAGCUAUUCGGUUUUAUGUCCGACGGAUGGAAUUUGACCCAGAAACUGGAGGAAGAAAUCCGGGUCUUGAACUUCCAAGGUGUCACCAAGACUAUGCUGGUGGAGAAACCUGAUGCCGAACCAACCUUGCGAGCCCGAUGUAUCCUUGUAGGCUCUAUUGGUGCUGGGGAAGAGCAGAAGCGUGCUCGAGUGGAUGUCGACUUUCACAUCACGCCUCGACUCAGCCAGCACAAGGAUGACGGUGCAAACGAGACCCAAAAGCUGGAAGUAGGCACCGACAUUGCCCUUACCAAAGUGUAUGGCUUCGGUAACAACCACACCAAAGGUCUGUCAGACACGCAAAUGCGAGAAGUCAUUCUGUAUCAUCUGGGUGUCUCCAGCAAAGGAAAGAAAGUCUCGCCGGAACUGAAACAACCUCAGCCAACCGUGGGACAAGGACUCUGGAGCAAAUCGGUACAAGCGUUGGCGUCGAAGCUGUUUUCAUGAUUUGCAAUUUAGUAUGAUUAUUAUGUGGCGUUAGCGUGUGAGAUGCGAUCUUAUCUGAGCCUUAAGAGCGGCGAUCUCUGAGAUUUUUUAUUGGCAUCCGGGUGGAUGUUGGGGCGUUUUGUUAUCACACCACUGCUUUUUAGCCUCAAUUUUACGAUGAGCUCGAAUUGUUAUUUCUGCUAAAUAUCAUAUCAGAGGGUCUACGAUCUAAUUAAGCUAUGAACCAUAUAUUGCUAACAAGUCAGAAAAAUCGAUCGGUCGACCGCAGCAAGCAGACGCCCGA